GUCAGCCAGACAGAGCAUCCUCAGUCCAGCAGGGACAGCUGGGGGUCUCCGCUCGCCUUUAAGAGCCCUGCGAGUCCGAGGACGCCCACUUCUUUAAAAAGCCGCCGUGGUGCGUAAAAGGCUGCGCGUAAAAGCUCCGCGGACACAAUCUCAUCAAGCUUUCCUGUUGUGUCCUGCUUCAGGUCGAUCUGGAUCCAGUGAAAGACCAAACGGAGACACCAGAGGAUUAAAACACUAUUUUUUGCCAUUUUAUUCCUAAUUUCUUCUCAUUGGUGCCCUCUCGUCCGGCCGCCAGCAUGAUGUCCUAUCUGAAGCAGCCGCCGUACACGGUGAACGGGCUCAGCUUAUCUACCUCAGGAGUGGACCUGCUGCAUCCUUCAGUGGGAUACCAAGGAACCCCUCGGAAACAGAGGAGAGAGAGGACGACCUUCACCCGGGCCCAGCUCGACGUGCUUGAGAGUCUGUUCAACAAGACCCGGUACCCUGACAUCUUCAUGAGAGAGGAGGUGGCCUUAAAGAUCAACCUGCCCGAGUCCCGAGUGCAGGUAUGGUUCAAAAACCGACGAGCCAAACACCGCCAACAGGCCCAGCAAACCCAAAGUGGAGCGCAGAACAAGGCAGUGAGCAAGCCAGUGAAGAAGAAAAGCUCCCCGGUCCGAGAGGCCAGCUCAGAGAGCGGAGCCAGCGGCCAGUUCACGCCGCCCUCCAGCACCUCUCUCCCGGCCGUGAGCAGCAGCGCGGCGCCGGUGUCUAUCUGGAGCCCGGCCUCCAUCUCCCCGCUGUCCGACCCGCUGUCUACCUCCGCCUCCUCCUGCAUGCAGCGCUCUUACCCCAUGGCCUACAGCCAGGCGUCGGGCUACAACCAGGGCUACACGGGCUCCUCGUCCUACUUCGCCGGGAUGGACUGCGGCUCCUACCUUUCGCCUAUGCACCACCAGCUGCCCGCCGCAGGCUCCGCCAUGAGCCCCAUGGGCAGCAGCGGGGUCUCCGGCCACCUGAGCAACGCGUCCUCUCUGUCCUCGUCUGCGGCGUACGGGACGGCGGGACUGGGCUUCAGCGGCGCCGCGGACUGCCUGGACUAUAAGGAGCAAACCGCCUCCUCAUGGAAGCUCAAUUUCAACGCAGACUGUUUGGAUUACAGAGACCAGGCAGCGUGGAAAUUCCAAGUGUUGUGAGAGGACACUUUCCACAAACUGCAGACUAUACAGGCAGAAUAAAAACCCAAGGUUGGGAGCAGCAAGUGCGGCGUUUUCUCCACCAUCACAGCCCCCAAACUUCUACCUCGGGCAGAGCAGAGCUUGUUGGGUUAACUUAUUGAACAUUCACUGACUUCUCCCCAACUUUGAUCAAGGACACGGAACAAAUGUGUUGACCAAAAGGAAAAAAAAGGAUCAAAAGAGCGAAAGAUCCAAACUUGGUUGAGUUUGAGGAAUAGGUCAGGGUUUUUUCUAAGCUCCUUAAAGACUCCCCUCUCUUGUCUUUUUUUAUUUUGUUGGCACGCUGAAGGGCCCCUUUGAUCAAAGCGUUGUGCAUGAGUGUGUGUUGUAGAGAGAAUGUGUGUGUGUGAACGAGAGCAGCUCUGACAUGAACCUGGAUGCACUAUUAAUUUAUGAGAAAUGUUUAAAACUAGUUAUAAGAGACAAUCAGUCCGUUUGCGUGUGCUCAUAAAUGUCCCCUAUGUGUUUUUGGAUUAUUUCUCCAUGUGUUAGAUUUCUUUUUAAACAUGUGAUUCUUUGUAAUAUCUGUAUGCAAUUUUACGCCACAAACCCAGCUGUGAAUUUGAUAGAUUUAUUUCCAUGUCUCGAGUGUUAAAUGAUAAAUUAUUAUGAGGAGGUAUUAGGUGAAUGGAAUAGGAGGGGUGCAGAAAGCCAAAAGCAAGCAUUUGAGCUGUAAAGUGCUGCGAGAAGGUCACAAACACACUAAAGAACAAUAAAGACCACUUGAACUGA